AUGCAGCGCACUGACGUUAAAUCGAAGUACAAGUCGCUCGUGCGCAAGCGGUGGCAACUUAUGGGGGCGCUUGCUGGGCACCUGGAUGGCCCAGACCUGUGCGACCCUAUUACAGCUGCACGCACCGUAGAGGAGCUUUCUGAAGUCUCCCUUACUCUUGACCAGCUCACUGACGAGCUCCAUAGCAUUGUCGAGCAGCUAGCUCAACUGAAGAGCCUGCGUGACGUGCACUCCGCCAGUGCCCUUGCUAUGGCUUUGAGGAAGGUCAACGCGACCUUCCUCAAACAGGUCUCCGAAUCCCAGAAACUCCGAGAUCAAAUCGAGUCAAUGGAGGCCGAAAGAGAUGAGGCGUGGAAACAAGCAGAGGAUAUUGCUCAGGACUUUGAUAACCUUACGGAUCAGGUGAUGGAGAGUCGCGGGGAGCAAGCCGAAGGGAUACCAGUGUCGAGGCCGUCAAGUAGACGAUCUGCGCGAGUUUCGGCUGUUCGGAAGUCAAGUAUACGUCAGUCUAAAGCAGGCUUGCGGUCGGUUAGCAAGCAUCGAAGCCGGCAUUCUUCUGUCAGUAGCUCGGGUACUCGCACAAGCCUGAUGAUGUCAAUGUCUCCCAGCUCAGACGGCAUUCCUCCGGUUCCGCCGUUGCCUUUACACGCACCCCUUGGCAUUGUCACGUCGAACUUGUCUGGCCGCAGCUCUCUAGCUGGCUCCACUUCCAAUACAUCAGUUUCCGGUGCUCGCGCGUUGGCGCAAGCUCAGAGAGAGCUGUACGAAAUGCUGGGUCUAACUCUUCAAGACACUCCUCGCGAAGCGUAUUCCAGGCCUCGCUCUGUGUCUGGGCUGCUUGAUUCCAGGCGUAUGUCUCUUAGCCCGAGACCAAUGUCCGAUGUGAUUGCCACACGACCUCGUGCUCGAGAAAAUAGAGCUAUCCACAGUGUGCUCUAUGAUGACGUGCGUCUGUCUAUCACUCUAUGA